UUACGCCGAAAGCUGGUCUUUGCGCUGACUUCGCAACACCCCAGCUAGAUCACGUUUGGGAAUAACCAGUUUAAAAGCAAUCGAUUGCUAAGUUCUUUUGGAAAUUCUUCCAAGUGUUGUGAUCACAGCGUAAACUAUCCAAUAUUGUAGCCAAUAUCGAGCUCCUUCAAGUUGUUCGUCAUUCAGGACUAAUACGGUGCAUAUAGCAGGACCAAUUAAUACCGAGAAGUCCGUAACCCGUCUAUCAUCGCUGAGGUUGAUUCCGUUAUCGUGCGGCCCAACCGGGCUGAAUGGGACGCGGCGAGAAAUCACUGUAGUAUUUGUGAUGAUUGAGAAAAUUACCACGAAAGAAUGCAUAAUAGCUAGAGGAUCUUGA